AUGGGGAAUCUGCCGAGGACGCGGGUCACACCAAGUCGACUCUUCCUUCACACCGGCGUGGACCUCGCUGGCCCGGUCUGGCUCAGGACGACGAAGGGCCGCGGUCACAAAGCUCACAAGGGCUUCCUGGUAAUCUUCGUAUGUUUCAGCACCCGCGCCGUCCACCUGGAGGUGACCAGCGACUACUCCGCCGAAGUCUUCCUCGCUGCCUUUCGCCGGUUCGUGUCGCGUCGAGGGAGAUGCACGGCCCUGUAUAGCGACUGCGGCACCAAUUUUGUGGGUGCGGAUCGACAACUUAGAGAGCUCUUCAGGGCUGCGAGCGGCGAAGUCCACGCCCUCGUUGGCCGCCUAGCAGACGAGGGAGUUCGAUGGGUCUUCAAUCCACCGUCGGCUCCCCAUUUCGGCGGCCUGUGGGAGGCGGCUGUCAAGGCCGUCAAACAUCACCUGCGGCGCACCAUCGGAGAGGCUAAGCUCACCUUCGAGGAGCUGUCCACGCUCCUCGCGGAGGUCGAAGCCUGCCUAAACUCAAGGCCCCUCGGGGCCUUGUCGGAUGAUCCAGACGACCUUGACGCCCUGACGCCGGGGCACUUCCUGGUGGGAGGGCCUUUCCUCAGCAUCCCGGAGCCGUCCCUCUUGGACGCCCCUACUAACCGUCUGAACCGGUGGCGACUUCUGCAGCAGAUGCGGGACCAUCUCUGGCAGCGAUGGACCCGCGAAUACCUGCAGGGACUCACACCACGGCCCAAGUGGUGGACCUCCCGGGGAAACCUCUGCAAAGGUCAGCUGUGCCUCAUCAAAGGAGAGAGCACCCCGCCGUGCCGGUGGCCGCUCGCCCGAGUUACGCGCUUACACCCGGGCGAGGAUGGCCAAGUGCGCGUGGUGGACGUCCGCACCACCGUCGGUGAACUGACCCGGCCAGUGGUCAAGCUGGUCCCACUGCCGACGGUAGCCGCCGUGGAGUCCGGGACACCCGCGUAA